AUGCCUUUCUCUGUUGGCACCUCAUCUAUGACUUUUCAAGAAGAGAUUAGGGGAACAGGAAAGUGGUGGGAUACAUUGGAAUGGGAUGAUCCUGCCACUAAACCACUCCUCCACCCCCUUUUCAAAGAAGUGAAAGGAUAUAAUUGUAAUGACAACGAUGACAAUGAUAGCAACGACAGUGAUGAAGAAGAAGAAGAAGAUAAUGAUGACGAUGAUGAUCGUCAUGAAAAAGAAGCAUCUGAAAAGAAGAAACAACUAUUGCAACGAUUAGAAAAAGCAGAUAAGAAUUUGGAUUGGAUAAUGAAUGCAAAGAUAGGAAUAGUAAGCGCAUAUGGGAUGGGCGAGGUAGGAAAAACGACCAUCAUGAUGAACAUUAAUAAUCUUCUCAAGGAUGCCAAGAUUUUUCAAAGUAUUAUCUGGGUGACUGUGUCUGAAGAUCUUAACUUGACAAGGCUACAAACUGAUAUUGUAAAGAAAGUUGAACUACACUUCAAAGAGGACGACAAUGAAGUAAGCAAAGCAGUAGCGUUACAUGAAGCAUUAAUGAACAGGCAGAAGUUUUUGCUCAUCCUAGAUGAUACGUGGAAGUCAUUUUCACUAAAACAAGUUGGAAUUCCUAAGCCUACUGAAGAAAAUGGUUGCAAGAUAGCAUUAACAUCUCGGUCAUUGGAUAUUUGCAGUGGAAUGAAGAUAGAUAAAAGCAUUAAAGUAGAAGAACUUUCCAAAGAGGAAGUUUGA